AUGCGUUUGCGGAGUACUAAGGCCAUUUUGGUUAACGUAGCGUCCUUCAUAACCGGUAGCAUUGUCACACUGUUAAUUUGCUCAUCACCUGAAUCAGACCAGAAAAACAAAGAAAUUACCGAUCUACACCAGAUAAAAGAGAACGUAAAAAAUGAGACUCUUCCCGUGCAAAGCGCUAAAGCCGAAGAUAGCCUUCCACCGCCUCGUCCAACACUACCUCCGUAUCCACCAUCAUUUAAAGAAAGAACGAUGUUUCUUAGCCCCUCCGGCUCCGACAACGACGCUUUUCUGGUUAUCAUCGUGGUCUCGACAAGCAAGAACUUCGAGGCGCGCAAGGCCAUAAGAGCGUCUUGGGGAAAGAGUACUUCGGGUUCUAAUUCAAACCAAGACUCCUUUCGAUUAUUUUUCGUGGUCGGUUGCGACGAAGUUAGCGACGAGCGAGUCGAAAAAGAGUCGCAAACGUAUAGCGACAUUUUGCGUGGAAAUUUUCUAGACACGUAUGUUCAGAAUGAGUUGCAUACAGUGAAGAUCCUCUUAGGACUUAAAUGGGCAACUACUAUGAGCAAUUCACAAUAUAUUUUAAAAGUAAACUCGGACUCUUUUGUUAAUGUCCAAGAAACGAUCAAAUGGCUUCAUUCACUAAGCGACUCAACCGGUGACAUUUUGCAGUAUAAGAAAGACGUUUACACUGGGUAUUGUCAUUCGGGAGUCGCAGUGGUUAGAAAUCCGCUGAGCCCCUAUUUCAUACCAGAAAAUCAAUGGUCGGACGAACGGCUUCCCACUUACGGGUCAGGAAUUGGUGUUGUCCUCUCUCGAGAUGUUGCAGAGAGGAUGGUUCAGCUUGUGAGAGAGGUAAGGCUUAUAUAUAUUCUACUACUUAGUCGGCUUCCCGCAAGCUGACAGAGCUGAGGUCUGACUGACUUCUCGUUUUAUCCAUAAAAAUACAUAAAUUUUAACGUUUCAGGCCUUUCUCCGCACACACCUUGUUAAUUGAUUGAUUUAAUAAUUGUUAACACAGCUGUGACGUUUAACGACUAAUCAGAUCAGGGGCGAUUGCACCUAAAACAAAACCAUAUAGUUAAAUUUAGCCAAGGAAUAGAAUAAAAUAAGGGGCAGCUGACGAUUGUUUACAUAACUCUGCUAUAACUUUUAACUCCUUAUAAGAUAUUCUUUUUCAGAACAAACUUCUGCAGUGUUCUGCACGCCCGAAUAACACUGACUGAAAAGGAAAUUUAUUCACGUCACCGCGUGAAAAACGAGUUGUUAGACAGGGUAGCCAGGAUCGUUUUGGAAAACUGUGCCUAUACCCCCGCAGAAUGUCAAGCUAUAUCAGCAGUGCCUUGCAUACAUUUGUAUAUUUGUAAUACAUUUGGCGGGAGACCCAAUACAAUUCGCGUCACUGAAUAAAUUUAACUGGUUAAAGGCUGUUUUUCACUAAUAACGGAGUCGGAGUCGGAGUCGGAGUCGGAGUCGGAGUCGGAGUCAUAAUCAGAAGCGUAGAACUUUACGAUCUAGUGAAAACAGCGUUCUGAUUCUUCUGGAUCCGCUUACGACUCCGUCGUUUACGAUCAAGUGAAAACUGGGUCGUCGGAAUCGUAAGCAGAAACGGAAGAGCUUAACCAAUCACAAGGCGUGGGAACGUGUAUUGCGAUUGGUUUAUCCUCCCUCUUCUGCUUCCGACUCCAACAAUCUGGUUUUCUCUAGAUCAUAAGCGGAACGUAAGCGACGGAGUCGUAAGCGGGGUCGGAAGAAAAAGGAGACGUUCUGAUUCCAAUUCUGAUUCCGAUUCUAUCGCGCUUCUGACUCCGCUUACGACUCCGAUUUUUGAUUUUCAUCAGGCCAUAAGCGCUCUUACAACUCCGACUCCAACUCCAUCGCUAGUGGAAACCAGCCUUAAGAAAAUAAUACAUCCAUCCAAAUAGCAAACAAACUGACUCAAAUUCCAAGCCAUACUGAACCGAAAACCGUGACUACUGAAUAAAUUCUUCUUGUGGUUCAUUGAUCGGGGGUGGAACGCUAAAAAAGCAUCUUGAAGAAAUUUAUAAGGGUACGUUCUUCAGACAAUAUUUGCCGGUGUUUAUAUUGUGUUUUUGCUUGUGUUUACAUUAAGUUGCCACCAUUGCCAUUACUACGGACAGGAGCCGAUUAAGUAAUCGGCUCCUGAUAGGGAAUAUUGUCGGCCAUCGAUACAGCGGUGGUGCCAUCCCUCUUGAAAGCAGAAUUUUUAUUGAACAGAACAAAUGUUUGAGCAUUAUCUGUUUAUUUGUUUAUUUCCUGACUCAUUUUUUACGAUUCCUUAAGAACGAAUUGCUAUGAUGAUGAUGAUGAUGAUGAUGAUGAUGAUUACUGUUAUUUCUGUCUUGGUCUUAGAGUGAGAAGAGAGGCGGGCAGUUUGUUUAUCUUGUACCUUUAGAUUACCGCUGGAUAAAAACUCCGGCCUUAUUAAGCCAAAUAUGUUUCAACCUGCCCUUUGUAUUAUAAUAUGGUUGCCAGUGUUCCUUCACUGUUCCAACGCUUUUUUCCCAUUUUAGACUAAAUUCCUCAUACCCCAGUCUAUUACAGUAUUGAAAUUAAACCCCAGUUACGUACACCCAAAUAAAUGAAGCUUAUUCACUUUAAGACUGUAAUCCUACCAAUUUGGGCAGCUCUAGGGAUUCGUUUCCAUACAAAGAGAUUCAUUUAACAAAUCUGGACAAGGGCUAAAACUAUCUUUUUUUCUUCCCUUUUUCAGACAAAAAUGAUUCACAUUGAUGAUGUAUUCAUUGGAGUACUUGCGCAAAACCUAAAUAUCCGGUGCCAGGAUGAAAGUUCACGUUUUGACAUCGCAUACACGACGAUGCUAACAGAGUGCGCGGAUAUGAAUUUUUGUGUACUCGGUAGUGUUCCAGCUAAGGACAUGUUCUAUUUAAACCAAAAUGUGGGUCAUCUAAGAGAUAUUUGCAACGAAGAUAAGGAAAAGGAAGGCUUGCUAGAUGACUUUUUCAACGUUUAA